UGGCCGGCAGCCCAUCGUGUCUCUUUCAGAUCAAAUUGGAAGAUGCAACAUAUUCGAAGUAAAGCCUCUGCUCGAACAAAUUUCUUUAACUUUUUGUAUCUUCUCCUCCUUGAUUUCCAUGGCUGUUCUUCUGUAUCUCGGGAAACCAAUCCCUGAAACCCCAUCUUUCCCGCUGAUUGUCGCCGAUCAACAACCAAACCCUUUGAAAUAUUCAAGAAAUCUUCAAACCAGGGUGCGUGGGAAAUGUCUGAGACGAUCUCAUGUGGUAAAAAGUUCAUUGAAAGAAAGUACUCGUGAAUAUGAUGUUCCCCUUCUUUCUGCUUCAGAGGCAAUAGAAAGUUUGAGGAGAAGUCGAGAAAGUUACAAAAGCACACAACGAUAUUUGGCUAUGUACUCGAGCGUUUUUGGUGGAAUAACAACUGAUCAGGCUGCCAUGGUGAUUCCCAUGGAUGAUCAUAUGGUUCAUAGAGGACAUGGAGUUUUUGAUACUGCGGCCAUAGUGGACGGAUGCAUAUAUGAGUUGGAGCAACACCUAGAUCGUUUCCUGGGUUCAGCAAAGAUGGCGAAAAUAAACCCUCCUUUUGAUAAAGAAACCACAAAAAGAACACUUGUACAAACUGUGAGUGCUUCAACCUGCAAAAAUGGAUCAUUGAGAUACUGGCUUUCCUCAGGUCCAGGGGAUUUCCAACUCUCUCCCUCAGGCUGCUAUCAUUCAGCUCUCUAUGCUAUUGUUAUCCAAGAUCAGUCACCUCCUAAUUACAAGGGCAUCAAAGUUACUACAUCAUCUAUUCCGAUAAAACCACCACAAUUUGCCAUCAUGAAGAGUGUAAACUAUCUUCCAAAUGUUCUUUCCAAAAUGGAAGCGGAAGAAAAUGGUGCUUAUGCUGCCAUUUGGUUGGAUGAAGAAGGGUUUGUUGCAGAAGGACCGAACAUGAAUGUGGCUUUUGUUACACAAGAGAAUGAACUUUUGAUGCCUCGUUUUGACAAAAUACUUAGCGGGUGUACCGCAAAGAGAGUUUUGGAACUUGUGAGCAAUUUAGUAACAGAAGGUAAACUUAGAGGGGUAAAAGUGAGAGAGGUGACGCUGGAGGAAGGUAAACAAGCAGAAGAAAUGAUGCUAAUUGGUAGUGGAGUUCUUGUUCGACCAGUUUUGCAAUGGGAUGAUCAGGUCAUAGGUAAUGGUAACAAUAUGUGUGGAAAAUAUCGCUUAUGGAGGAUGCACAUACUCUACACAUUCAUCCUUGGUGCACCAAGGCAAAGAAGGUGUGGUGACAGAGUCUCUUCGAAAACUUAUUUUGGAGGACAUGAAAAGUGGGCCGUCAACAGUACGCACGAUUGUGCCUUACUAGCUCUAUUCUCUGACCAUUUUGUUGUUCGGCAACAUCUGCUAGCUCUAUUCUCUGACCAUUUUGUUGUUCGGCAACAUCUAUUGCUCAAGUACUUGCAAAGAUCUGAGGUUUCCUUUGUAACUUGGGACAGUAGUUGGAUUCAGUUUCCUUUUUCGUUUCUGUUUGUCUCUGUUGGUUUAUCCAUGAAUGAAGUAUCAGAUAUGUGCAGGAAGCAACUACUAGUUUUCUAUGAAAUGGUAAUGGAAAUCACCAGGAAUUUGUCAGCCCCUUUUCAUCUGUAAAGGACAGUUAUAUUGUGAAAUUUUUAAGAAGUAUAUGUACAAACUUGAAAGCUUC